ACAUUGUACGAAAUCGUUUCCAAGUCAAUGUCGAAUGGGCAUAAAGUAAAAACAACCAAAAAUUGUGAUGACGAAGAAGACUGUGGUAGUGCAGUUGUUGAUUUUGUUGAAGAUGAAAACACCAGAAGGCCAUUUCCUGUAAAAGACAAGGAUUCAGUCAAGGACACGUUUGCAGUUAGAGUCUUGCCGAACUCAGCCAAUGCAGAUAACCGCGAAACAUUGUACGAAAUCGUUUCCAAGUCAAUGUCGAAUGGGCAUAAAGUAAAAACAACCAAAAAUUGUGAUGACGAAGAAGACUGUGGUAGUGCAGUUGUUGAUUUUGUUGAAGAUGAAAACACCAGAAGGCCAUUUCCUGUAAAAGACAAGGAUUCAGUCAAGGACACGUUUGCAGUUAGAGUCUUGCCGAACUCAGCCAAUGCAGAUAACCGCGAAACAUUGUACGAAAUCGUUUCCAAGUCAAUGUCGAAUGGGCAUAAAGUAAAAACAACCAAAAAUUGUGAUGACGAAGAAGACUGUGGUAGUGCAGUUAUUGAUUUUGUUGAAGAUGAAAACACCAGAAGGCCAUUUCCUGUAAAAGACAAGGAUUCAGUCAAGGACACGUUUGCAGUUAGAGUCUUGCCGAACUCAGCCAAUGCAGAUAACCGCGAAACAUUGUACGAAAUCGUUUCCAAGUCAAUGUCGAAUGGGCAUAAAGAUUCAGUCAAGGACACGUUUGCAGUUAAAGUCUUGCCGAACUCAGCCAAUGCAGAUAACCGCGAAACAUUGUACGAAAUCGUUUCCAAGUCAAUGUCGAAUGGGCAUAAAGUAAAAACAACCAAAAAUUGUGAUGACGAAGAAGACUGUGGUAGUGCAGUUGUUGAUUUUGUUGAAGAUGAAAACACCAGAAGGCCAUUUCCUGUAAAAGACAAGGAUUCAGUCAAGGACACGUUUGCAGUUAGAAUCUUGCCGAACUCAGCCAAUGCAGAUAACCGCGAAACAUUGUACGAAAUCGUUUCCAAGUCAAUGUCGAAUGGGCAUAAAGUAAAAACAACCAAAAAUUGUGAUGACGAAGAAGACUGUGGUAGUGCAGUUGUUGAUUUUGUUGAAGAUGAAAACACCAGAAGGCCAUUUCCUGUAAAAGACAAGGAUUCAGUCAAGGACACGUUUGCAGUUAAAGUCUUGCCGAACUCAGCCAAUGCAGAUAACCGCGAAACAUUGUACGAAAUCGUUUCCAAGUCAAUGUCGAAUGGGCAUAAAGUAAAAACAACCAAAAAUUGUGAUGACGAAGAAGACUGUGGUAGUGCAGUUGUUGAUUUUGUUGAAGAUGAAAACACCAGAAGGCCAUUUCCUGUAAAAGACAAGGAUUCAGUCAAGGACACGUUUGCAGUUAGAGUCUUGCCGAACUCAGCCAAUGCAGAUAACCGCGAAACAUUGUACGAAAUCGUUUCCAAGUCAAUGUCGAAUGGGCGUAAAGUAAGUUUAGCGAUAAUGAAAUUCACGUUUUACUUAAUUCAUAUAUUUCAACCCAAAACGAAGGUAAAAACAACCAAAAAUUGUGAUGACGAAGAAGACUGUGGUAGUGCAGUUGUUGAUUUUGUUGAAGAUGAAAACACCAGAAGGCCAUUUCCUGUAAAAGACAAGGAUUCAGUCAAGGACACGUUUGCAGUUAGAGUCUUGCCGAACUCAGCCAAUGCAGAUAACCGCGAAACAUUGUACGAAAUCGUUUCCAAGUCAAUGUCGAAUGGGCAUAAAGUAAAAACAACCAAAAAUUGUGAUGACGAAGAAGACUGUGGUAGUGCAGUUAUUGAUUUUGUUGAAGAUGAAAACACCAGAAGGCCAUUUCCUGUAAAAGACAAGGAUUCAGUCAAGGACACGUUUGCAGUUAGAGUCUUGCCGAACUCAGCCAAUGCAGAUAACCGCGAAUUAUUGUACGAAAUCGUUUCCAAGUCAAUGUCGAAUGGGCAUAAAGUAAAAACAACCAAAAAUUGUGAUGACGAAGAAGACUGUGGUAGUGCAGUUGUUGAUUUUGUUGAAGAUGAAAACACCAGAAGGCCAUUUCCUGUAAAAGACAAGGAUUCAGUCAAGGACACGUUUGCAGUUAGAGUCUUGCCGAACUCAGCCAAUGCAGAUAACCGCGAAACAUUGUACGAAAUCGUUUCCAAGUCAAUGUCGAAUGGGCAUAAAGUAGAAACAACCAAAAAUUGUGAUGACGAAGAAGGCUGUGGUAGUGCAGUUGUUGAUUUUGUUGAAGAUGAAAACACCAAAAGACCAUUUCCUGAUUCAGUCAAGGACACGUUUGCAGUUAGAGUCUUGCCGAACUCAGCCAGUGCAGAUAAGAGCGAAACAUUGUACGAAAUCCUUUCCAAGUCAAUGUCGAAUGGGCAUAAAGUAGAAACAACAAAAAAUUGUGAUGACGAAGAGGACUGUGGUAGUGCAGUUGUUGAUUUUGUUGAAGAUGAAAACAGCAGAAGGCCAUUUCCUGUAAAAGACAAGGAUUCAGUCAAGGACACGUUUGCAGUUAGAGUCUUGCCGAACUCAGCCAAUGCAGUUAACAGCGAAACAUUGUACGAAAUCCUUUCCAAGUCAAUGUCGAAUGGGCAUAAAGUAGAAACAACCAAACAUUGUGAUGACGAAGAAGACUGUGGUAGUGCAGUUGUUGAUUUUGUUGAAGAUGAAAACACCAGAAGAAUUGUAUAAAUAUCUUUAAGCAUGCAGUUUAGUUUAACAUAAUGUCUCUAAAUACAGUUUAUUGACUUGACGUCUCGACUGGACACUUGGUCUUGUUUUCCUGUCUUGUUGGUCACCCUUGUUCUUGCUUGUUAUAGUGUAUAUAGUGCCUGCUCAACAGACUCAGGCUAAACUGUUGCAAUAACAUCAUCGCCUUAAUUCAUAAUCUUCGUAUAAUCAAUAAAGGUAACCUGAAAAUAUAAAUUAAAUGCAUAAGAGGAUCUGGCAUUUACAAUUUUCCAAUUUA